AUGAGCGAGACGAAGGUCGCUUCCGUUGAGCCCCUGGGCACCAUUACCAUUGAAGUGCCGCAAUAUGCGCUGCAGAAGAUACGCAAUAAAAUUGUAAAGUCUGUUAACAUUCAGAACGCUCGUGGGGUAUCUCAAUUCUUCGGUUUCGGUGAGGAAAAGCCGUUUAAUGUGCCGGAACGUCAAGUGCUCGCUUCGCGGUGUCGAAAGAACGCGCUGUAUUUCAGUGCUAACUACGCCAUCUCUGCUGCGCUGGUUGGCGUCGUCACAAUCCUGUUGAACCCGUUCUUCCUUUUUGUGCUCAUUUGCCUGGGCGGUUUCUGGCUCUACAUGUCGAGCGCAACGGCGGACGAGUCACCUGAAAAUCCGACUAAAAUUAUGGGGCGCACUGUGACGCCUGAACAGCGGCAACUCGGUAUGCUCGGUGUGAGUGCUGCGGUGAUUGUUGUUUUUGGAGGAUCCAUACUCUUUACGAUCUGUUCAGCUAGUGGCGCACUUGCAAUUUCGCACGCGAUUUUACGCGACUGUUCUACCAUUCGCGAGGAAGAUGAACUGGGCUUCUUAUCGGACGAGGCAGACCAGAUUGCGGACACCGUAUAA